UCACGUGAUCGCCUACUAUGUUGAAGGCUUGGGCAAGGAGUUGCUUGUCAAGGCCGGCUUGUAGUCGUCUGUUCUCGGCACGUCAGCGUCUGUACGCGGGAGCUGAAUUUGUGCAUAGGGAUUCAUCAGAAAACAACGCUGAUACGCCUUUUGAGUUCACAGAAGAGAACAAAAAGAGGCUAGAAACGAUAAUUGGUAACUACCCGGGAGGCCACAAGGCUGCUGCAGUCAUUCCAGCUCUUGACUUAGCUCAGAGGCAACAUGGUUGGCUUCCUUUAUCUGCAAUGCACAAAGUAGCUGAAGUUCUUGGUAUGUCAAGGAUGAGAGUCUAUGAAGUGGCAACAUUCUACACAAUGUUCAACAGAAAUCCAAUCGGGAAAUAUCAUAUAGAAGUGUGCACCACAACACCUUGUAUGUUGUGUGGAUCUCAGCAAAUACUCGACACCCUACGAAACAAACUCGGAAUUGACAUUGGUGAGACUACUGAUGAUGGGAUGUUUACUCUAUCAGAAGCAGAGUGUUUAGCUGCAUGUGUGAAUGCUCCUAUGAUGAUGAUAGGAGAUGAUUAUUAUGAGGAUUUGACCCCUGAACUUACUGAAGAAAUCAUAGAUUCAUUUGCUAAAGGACAACGGCCAAAACCAGGACCAAGGGGUCGUUUUGCUGCGGAACCUCAUGGUAGACUAACAUCAUUAACAGAACCUCCAACUGGCCCUGGAUUUGGAGUUCGAGAUGAUCUGUGACUUGUAAAACUGAACAGAAUAUGUAAGGUCUGUCUCUAGCACUACACAUAUAUGUAUAAUCAUUACUCAAUAUGCUCAAUGGAGUGGGUGUGGAUGUUGCACCAUUAUACAAGAACCUCGGUAUGAUUAACGGUUGUAAGAUGUUGAUCAUUAUCAGUGUUUUCAAAGUGGCCACUGUAAA